GGGAAGUAUGAUUCUCUGGAGACAGUAGAUGUCAUUGCGCAUUUCUUUCCCCUUUUCGACUUGGUGUCAAUUCCGUUUGUUCAACCUAGUUUCAUUUGCACUAAGCCGUUGCAGCCACGAUCUGUGUGUUCCUGGGAUCUCGACCUCCGCAAUGUCCUAUCGUCCCAACAACCAAGGUGGCCGUCGCGGCGGGGGUGGCCGCGGCCGCGGUGGAGGGAGAGGUGCCGGAGGCUCUCGCGGUGGGGGGCGAGGUGGGGAGCAGCGCUGGUGGGAUCCUGUCUGGAGAGCCGAGCGUCUUCGUCAGAAAGCUGCGGAGAUGGAGGUAAUGAACGAGAACGAAUGGCGGGAAAAAAUUGAGCAAUUCAAGGGAGGAGGAGAUCAGGAGAUGGUAAUUAAGAGACACUUUAGUAGGGAAGACCAGGAUAGGUUGCAUGAUAUGUCAUAUCAUUUUGGGCUUCACUUCCAUGCGUAUAACAAGGGAAAGGUGCUUGUUGUGAGCAAAGUUCCAUUACCAAAUUACCGGGCUGACCUCGAUGAUCGUCACGGAUCAUCACAGGAGAUAAAAAUGUCUAUGGAGAUUGAAAAAAGAGUUGGAAAUUUAUUGAACCAUUCACAAGCAUCUGUGUCUAAGGGGAGUUCCCAUGCUAAAGACUCAAAUGCUACCAAUUUGUCGUUUAGUGAUGUAGAUACUGCAAGAGCCAUCCCUAUGUUGGAGACUGAUGCUUCCAAGGAGAGUCUCAAUGUUGAACUUAAGAAGAAGCAGGAAAAGCAAAGGGAAACUGAAGAUGUUAAGGCAAUGAUGCUAUUUCGAGAAAAACUCCCAGCAUUUAAAGUAAAAUCUGAGUUUUUGAAAGCCGUUGCCGAAAACCAGGUGCUCACAGAUUAUAGUUACAUGAUUGGGUAUUUAUAAGAUAUAAAUUAGGGUUAACAAC